AUGAAGGGAGGGUCCGCCGCAAAGGGGGAGCCGGAGUCCUCAGAGACCCAGAGCAAAGCGAACCACGGCUUGACGAACCAAUCCAACACACGUGGCAAGACAGCCUCGGACACGGCAGGCCCGACCUCCUACUCCGGCACCAUGCCCGGCCAGAAGACCUACAUGGAUGUUGACCAGGCCAGCAUUUGCAACGACGCGGCUUCGCUACUUUGGAAGCUGGAUGCAGGCAGCUCGACAAGCAACCUGCAGAUCGCUGACAAGGCUUCCUCCAUGAAAGAUGACGACGACUUCAUUGUGCUGUCGUCAAAUAAGCGUAUCUCUGCCGCCGCACUGGUGUGCUACGUGCAGACAAACAGAAUCGGCGAUGCCGCUCCAGUGAUUGUGCGAGGCUGCAAGUACGUCUUUGACAACUGCACCAGGCGCUGGCUGACCCACCCCGUCACGGUUCGCGUGCUGCAUCACAACCGCGGCAUCCAUCAAGACAACUACUUUGCCACCUUCGCGAUAGAGUUGCUGGACACCGCGAAGCCGGCGGUGCCGAUGUUUGCAAGGGUGUACCGCCACAAUAUCGACGGCGUUGUGGAGACCGACUACUACAGCCUUGGGCAGGCACAGGCGCUGUGCGAGGAGUUCGCACGCGACUACACGCGCACUGACGCGCGGCACGGCUACCUGAAGUUCCACUUGCCGCUUCUCACUAAUCGCGUCGUGGUUCGCCUCGACCUACACUCUGUUCUUGACCCGGCAAUUCGCCGCUCGCGCCGGGGUUUUUUUUCGUACCGCACCCAAGACACGCGGCAGAUCCUGUUCUUGAUGGAGCCCAACACGAUAGCAUGCGAGACUCUCGGAGUCUCCUUCGCGUCUCUCGAGGUAGAGAAGGGCAAGCGCUACGAGCGUGGCGACUCGACGUGGUUGCGUGACAUCUACAGCGACAUUGCAGAGGGCUUCUCACACUUCACCUACGUGAAGAGUCGCGGGUGCAUGGUGGCGCAUGGCCUCGUGCGCAGCAACGGAUAUCUGCUAGACCCGCUGUUUCACACGACGGACCGUGAGCGGUUCCGCAUGGGCGAUGGCGGUAGAAGGGCAAUGUCGAAAUGGUUCGAGCGGCACCAGUGUAGUGACACCUGCCGCGCCCUCGGCAUCUUCAACGCCAGCGAGGACUGCAAACCAUUCAAGAACGCCCCCCUCUUUGUGAACCCACUCGACAUGGAGGAGAACCAUUACACCAGUUACCUGCGCAGCAUUCGUCAAAUGCCAGCCGCUGUACGCAUGGACACAGUGCAUUUUUCGGACGAGGAGGCGGAGGAAGCUGUCUUGAGCACAGUUGUGGGGAGAUCGGAUCUGACGUCAACAAUGAACGCUAAUCCGCUCGUGUCCAACUCCUCCGCCCCACUAAAGGUGACCUGUGAUGCCGUGAAGUACGUCUUCCUGCCUAGCUGCGACAAGUGGAUGGAAGUCCCGAUGCGACUUACGGUGUGCACGCCGGCAGUACCGGUCGCUGUCGAUGACAAAUAUGUGUCGUUCACGAUCGAGGAGAUGCAGGAAAAGGGGAAGCCCGUGCCCAUGCGUGCACGCUUUAUUCCACGGCGAGACGCGCGGGAUGCGGACUACUACCACGUUGGGGACGCCUACUAUCUCUGCGUGACCCUGGGCCAGGCCUUCCGCAAGUACCGCUCGAACAGCGUGUUCGAGCGAGAACUGGAUUUCUACGCUGUCUACACAGCCCGCGUGCUGAAGGAAAACAUCCCGGACAGCGUGAUGCCCGUCAUGGACGACUCCAGCUUCUUUGGUCGCACCACCGCGGACUCCGGCGAUGUAAUGUUCCUGGUAGAGCCAGAGUUUCAGCCUCUCACCCCACAGCAUGCGUCGAAUACCGGUGACAUGGCGAAGGACGCUGAGGGCUUUGACGAUCUCAUGUUGCGCCAAGUUGUCGACGCCUUCUCGCAUUUCACUCUGCACAAGUCGGGCAAUCAUUUGCUGGUGUGCCACCUCAAGUGUAAGCACGGUCUCCUCAAAGAGCCAAACAUCAACACCUCUAACGGGUGCGGGUUCGGCACACUUAAUGGCGGGCAGGCGGGCAUCGACGCCUGGGCGCGGAUGCACAAGUGCAACGAUGUGUGCAAGUUUCUUGGGAUGGAGCCAGUGCCGCGUCGGUUAAAGCUUUACGAUAUUUCGGCGAGUCAGCUGAUGCGCUAUAUUAGUCUGGUGCAGGCGCACGCAAUGGGUACAGGCUGCGUGUUCACGCUUGCGUCUCCAUGGUGCAGGAUGUCGGAUAGAGUGCUGCCUGCUGCGGCUGCCACUCCUAACAACGAGACCGAGGGGGUGCCCGCGCGUUUUGCUGCCGGUGCGUCACCGGCGACUGUUGGCGUUACCUUCUUUGCGCGGCCAAUUUCUCCAAAUGGAGAUGAAGUAACGCUGCGCCCGUGGGUGGAUGACAAUCGAAGCCCUGGUGCUGCGACCGCGAAGAAGAGCGCAGCGCAGCGCCGCACACUGACCCAGCAGGAGCUUCUGCACCUCCAAUCGAAGGGAAUCAACACCAAGUACAUUUUCUCUGCCACGCGGUACGAUCUCAACAUCGAUGACCUUACCUGGACCUCCAAGCGCAUCUUCGUGCGCAUCGUAAACCCGGAGCGUGGCAUUGGCCAGGGUGGCAUGCGUGUGUGCUUCGAGAUCACCGAGGUAGACCCGGUGGCCUGCAAGGAGGUUGUGAUGGUGGCGAAGAUGUACCGCCGCACCAUCAAGAAUGUGGUGGAGAAGGACUACUUCACAAGUGUGACAGUGCAGAAGCUGUCCGCGCUCUUCGCUAAGGAAUUCAAUCGCGAGAGAAAAGAGGGUGCCCCCUUGCGCUUGAAUGUGCUGGAAGGUGCCGUGGUCGCGUUGGACCGAGCCGUCCUGUCGCCGGAAUUGCUUGCCAAGCGCACGGGCUUCUUUUCCUACCGCACGGAGGACACAAAGCGGGCGAUGUUCUGCAUGGAAACGAAGCUUGCAGGUCCCUUUACCAAGUACAGCGGUAACAUGGGCGAAGCCUACCCCACGAAUGAAUGUCGCCUCAGUCUAUCCGCGGCACGCGAGCGCACCAUGAUCUUCGAGACGGUGGAGGCGCUCUCGCACUAUUCUCUGGAGAGAAGCGGGGGCGGUUUGCUCGUCUGCGAUAUGCAGGGUGUUAAGAACGAUUUGACCGACCUGGAGGUGCACACGUACGAUGGCCAGGGCCUGGGCGUCGGAAACCUCGGAGCCCGCGGCAUUCAAAAGUUUGCGGUGGGUCACCGUUGCACCAGUGUCUGCAGGAGUCUCGGCCUCCAGAAACUUUACAAUCAGCAGCGCACCGUGACAGAGUCUGUGAGGAUGACCAACCGCUUUGUCGUCAUUUUUGAGCGCUGCAAGGAGGUCGCCAACAUGGAGUAG